AUGGGAGAAUCAUGGAAACAUGCAGGUGAGAGCACUGAAGAACUCCAUUCUGAAAAAUCAAGGCUUUGCUUUUCAACAGCAGGCAAUCACGGUGAAUCGGCACAUGUCCUGGUGAAGAGAAGCUUUUCAAUCAUCUCAAGCAGCACCACCGAGGUGAAUGUUGCUAAGUUGCCUACAGCACAGUCAUCCGGCCGUGGGCGCUUUAGAAACGUGACUCGACGACCGUACAGACGCACAAUCGACUUGUCGCUCUCCUCAUCAGGUGUUUCCGACGUCGAUGAAUUGGUGGAUCAGCGUCGCAAAGUUAUUGACAAACACAGACGAGUGAACAACAAGUGUAGUCAAGACGCAGAGAGGACGAAACUUCAGCCCAACAAUCCCACCACCAUCACCUCAUGCAACCGAGAUUGCAGGCAGUGUAAACGAAGACAAACGCGCCUUGGAAAGCAAUUAAGUGCCACUUCUACGGAUUUGGGCAUUUCCACCUCUGAUAUCGACGAUGACAUUUUGAAAUCCACCCACAACACUCCUCCAGAAUGCUCCACGUCCGAUUCAGAAAUGGAUGAGGCGGAUGAAGACACGUUGACAGGCGGAGGGAUGAAGACAAAAUUGGGUCGUCGAAGAUCCACCCUUUACUCACGCAUGGAGGCGCAUCACUGCAGGAUGUGCUGCGAUAUUGAUGCUCAAACCUCGGAAUGCGAAUUCUGUGGUCUUGCUCUGUGCGAUGUUUGCUGUCGUCUACACUUUAACACACACGCUGCUGAUGUAAAAAGUCGUCUGGAGCGACUUCGCAACCAAGCAGUUGUCAGCACUUCAAAAGAAGUACGUCACCAGCUGAUGUUGGAGAUUGACAAGGCUGCAUUGGAUCUUACCAUAGCCUGCAACACGGCAUUGGAUCGCGCCUUAGACGUCUAUCGAGCCACCGCCUCCGUAUCCACCUCCUUCAUCGGCUCUCUCGUAGACCGGCGAAUAAAACUCUCUAAUUCCUUAAAAUACCUCCUUCGACAGAUUCCAAGGAUCCUACUAAGUGAUGACGUGUACGAAUUAAUGUACUUUGUAAAGGUGGCAAAAAGUGUUCACGAGCGGAUGGAAGAACUUAAAAUUGCCAUAGGUGAUCCAAGGUCGAAGGAGGUCUUCAAACUAGUCCUUACUAAUCCCUUUUCUUCGUUUGCUCCCCUAUUUGAGCAAAACAGUCUCCUUCUCCCGUUGGAUAAUUGUGACAAGCUUCAAGAUGGUUGCGAAAUGAGUCUGCCUACCAGGCUCACUCGCCUAAAGGGGGUUGCGGUUAACAGUGGGUUUUUUAACAACGCGGAGCCGCGCAGCGUGUCAGUCAUUGCUGCGGCUAGAGGUAGGUUUAUUAUAGUCAUAGCAGAGAGAGGAAGGGAGGAGGAGGAGGAGGAGGAGGAGGAGGAGGAUUAG